AUGAGUGCUGCAUACUAUCGAUUGAAAAAACAUCGCCAAAAACCAUCUGUUGAAAUUGAGGAUGAACUGCAAGUAUUAACAUCAAGACGUGAUGUGCCAAAAUUUGAGCAAAAUCAACUUGACCAUUCAAAUUUACCUAUAGACGAGACUCUGAGUAUACAUUCAUUAUGCCCAUCUCAGCCUACAGACACCAAAAAUCAUGAUAAUGAUCUCUUAGAUUGUUUUGAGUACAUAGAUACACCGCAAGAUUUCAGCUAA